AUGACGCAGCCAUACGCACCGACGCAGUACUCGUCCGCCUCGUUCGUGUCCUCGGCCGCCCUCCGCUCUCGCAUCCCCCUCGACGAGGAGGCCCGGCUCUACCGCACGCCCGCCCAGCGAGACCUCUACGAGUCGCUGGCCGAGAUCUACGCAAUCAUCGUCACCCUCGACUUUGUCGAGAAAGCAUACGUCAAGGACACAAUCUCACAGCAGGAGUACACUCCGAUAUGCUCGCGGCUGCUGGCUCAGUAUAGCACAAUCUUGAAGUCGGCCGAGGUUGCCGCUGAAUUUAAAGAUCUCGACUCAUUCAAAGCCCAAUAUGAUAUCAGCUACCCAUCAGCUAUUGCUCGACUACGGGUGGGCAUUCCGGCUACAGUAGAGCAUCCCGUCUCCAAACCACCAGAGCAGCAACUAUCCUACUACCCCACACAGUCCUCCACCCCACAGCCCGCCCCUGCACCCACAGGCGGCUCCUCUGCCCGUGCCGCUGCCGAUGCCACCGGAAACUUCAUCACAUUCAUGGACGCCCUCAAACUGAACUAUAAAGCUAAAGAUCAGCUUCACCCGCUCCUUGGUGAGCUCAUGACUUCUCUCAACGCUGUCACUACCCAGGAUUUCGACGGCAGGGCCAAAAUCGUCGAAUGGCUCAUCAAACUCAACUCAAUGAAAGCUACGGAUGAAAUCACAGACGAUCAGGCUCGGCAGUUGCUCUUUGACAUCGACCAUGCAUAUAAAGCAUUCUACAAAAUGCUGGGAUAG